AUGAAGGAUAACGGGAGUGAUCACGGUUUUUAUAAUAUUGCGACGAAAAAAGAAUUUCCGUACGAUAUGGAGAUGCACAUGUAUUUUUAUAAAAAGGGAUACAACUCAUUUGAGGACGCUCAAUCCCAACCAGGCGGUCUUGUAGUAUUUGUAAACUGGCUCAGUAGUGGAAUUGAGGUAAAAGACAAUUUAUUUGCCAAUCUGGAAAAAGAAUUACAGCAGGUACAAUCGAUACAUAAAAAUAAAAAGAUACAGACGUUUGCGUUAGCAAGUUUUGUAAAUAAAUACUAUCCAGAAACAUAUUUUCAAUAUUACGAAGGAUCUUUGACUUAUCCACCUUGCACGGAAUCUGUGUCUUGGUUGAUAUAUCUACCUGUUACUCCGAUUACCGACACCCUACUAGAAGAAUUCUGGAAAAUAAAGCUGUCCGAUGGAGACAAUACGAAUAUUAGACCUCGCCAGCAACUAAACGGUCGUCAAGUUAAGACUGUGCAGUUUACUACUAAUGAGCGUAGUCUGAACCCUUAA